CAUCUCCCAUCUCCCGUCCUCUUUUCGCACCCGUACCUCAUCACACUCUCUUCCUCCCUCACACUCUGCCCUCCCGCUCUCUCAAAGGGCCUCAUCAGCCUCGUGGCUCCUGUUCGAAGGAAGAUCUCUCACCGAUCUUUCUUCCAGGUAGCCGUCCACUCCUUCAUUUGAACAGCAGCACCAAUUUCCCAUCCCUUCCGUCGAUCGAUCUCCAAUUUCAAUUCAACUGCGACCCUUCGAAGUUGUGCUCGAGACUUGGUUUUCAGAUACCUUUGUACAAGUCAUUCAUUUCACACGCAUACUCUUGCAGCGUUAAUCGCCUCCCCAACUCUCUGAUGGUGGCAGUCUUUCCUUUGCAGCCAAGCAGCAUCUACAUCCACAACCUCCGCAGGUGUCCGGACGCCUUUGACUUUCCCUACCUUGCACCUUCCUGCUGGCCAGACCGCGCAUCUUAGUAUUGUUGGGUGGUUGCCCUGUCAAGAUUGAGCUAUGACUUCCAUCUCCUUACCUGCUCCGGUACCAGCAUUGUCACCCUUCGACUCAACGCCCGGUUCUCCUCCGCGAUCGCCUCAAGCCCACCGAAGACGACCUUCUCGAAACCCAAAUGCUCUUUCUCCUCUACCGAUCUUCUCCUUCAAUCCUGGUGCGGAUGAGAAUGCUACAGAUUUAGAUGGAAUGGAUUCGCCCACCCAGCGUGCCACCGGCAUGACUGCUGAGGUCGGCCGUCGCUCUGCGAGGCCUCCUCCGCUACCUGACUUCAAGUUCAACCCAGGCGCCAGUCUACCACCCGAGAGAGGUCCAAGCCCGACUCAUCCCGUUCUUCAAGAGAUGGCCCUCAACAAGCAGCGUGCUGUUCGUUCUGCCAAACCGGCUCCUUUGCCCGCAUUCACCUUUGCUCCGACCGCGACACCUUCGCAGACCUCUCCCAGUCCAACGAAAGCGAGCUUUGUUGAUGCCCAACAACCUUCUCGUGGUGGUCAUCGAAGAGGCGGAAGUGAAUUUGUGGGUGGAGGUGGGACUGAUGGACCCCAGUUGGUCAGCACAAGCCCUGAAAAGCCAGAGUAUCGCCCUCACCCGCCAAUAUCUGGAGCAAGAGGUCACGCCCAUCGCCGUUCGCAAGCUGUUUCAAUCUCUGACAUCGACACGUCUGAGCUGAUCAAGGCAAAUGCUGUGGCGAAGGCGCGCGCGGGUUCGACACCAACCACUCCAUCAGACAGUGCACAGGCAUUUGCAUUCUCUCGUGCUAGUCCGCAUAUCCGACAGUCAAUGUCAAGCGUGGUCAAGACACCGCCAUCAUCUCCUCGCCGCAGGGGUAGUGUCCCUGGAAUCCGACCUCGCGUGGGCUUUUCCGAUCAUGUCGAUGUCAUACCCAGACCGUUGUCCAUGAUAUCCUCCGAGACCGAAGGUAGUAACUCAACUGUUCGGGGAGGGCAUUCCUUGUCUGGCAGCAUCAAUUCCAUCGCCAGUCCCGUACCGCGCCCAACGUUCGUUGUUAGCGCGUCACACGAUACGACGACUUCGCCAGAGAGACCACAAACGGCAGACGCACUUUCUACGCUGUCCCCAGGAAUGGCAUCCGAUAAGACAAAGAAUCUGUCUCUGAUCAAUCUGCCGAAACGUCCUCUAUCCGCUUCUGGGUCACCUGGAACGUUGAGCUCAUGCAGUCCUCCUAACAAGAAGAAAUACUUUUGGUUCAAUCACUCCGCCACUAGCUCACCUUCAACCACUCCCAAAGGUGAGCGGGGGGAUCCCAUGGAUGUUUUUGUGUCUCCCACCUCCACUUUGCAUGGCUCAAGGAACGAACUCAGACCUCGAACUUCUUCAGGAGAAUCCAUCUCGAAGAAGCGAAAAUAUCAUACCUGGACCUCAGGAAUCUUCUCCAGAAAAUCAGAGAAGCGAUCCAACAAGCCCAAACCACAAGAUCGUCCAGCACCACCACCGCUCACAAGGACUCCCAGUGACCAGCUAAACGAGAUCUUUGAUGCAGACGACACGAUCGUGAUUCGCAAUCCCUCGCCCGUCGCGACUAGGGUUCGACCUGGUGCAGAGACUUUUGCAACAUUGGAAGAUUGGAGGUCAAGUCACCACGAAGAACAGAUUACCAGUCCAACCAUCGAUCUGGACGCCGCUCUGGGACCUUUUGGAAGCGAAGAGAAGUUCGGUCAAGAAAGCAAUGCCAAACAAGCUUCAAAGUUGGCAAAACUUCACAGCAGUGAACGCAGAGGACCAAUGGAUGCUUUUGGUACGAUCCAUAGGAGGACUGAAUCAGCACCAAUCAUGCCUGCAGUCAAUCGCAACAUCUUCGGCUUGCAUCACAUUGGCAGUAACGCUUCGCUUUCUGAAGAUGUCUUCGACGAAGAAGAGGAAGACAAUUUUCUGGCGGAAGAAAAUGCCGCACAAACCACCCCUGUGGACGGUCGGAGUCAGGAAGAAUUUUCUGCCUCGCUCCCGUCGGGAUCUCCCAAUGCCAAAGUUGCAGACGGCCUCGGUUUAUUCAUUCGUGACAGCUCAAGCGACGGGGUCAUUAUUGUCGACUCGGAUGAUGACCUUGCCCGGGUCGAUGCGAGAUCCUCCAACUCAACGAUCGAGGCGCCGGUAUUUCAGGAUUUCGAACCUCGAAAGCGACCAAUGUCUUCACCAAUGGCUUUCGCAUAUCCGGCACCCCAGUCCCAUUACGCUUCGUCUACAGACGGACGCACAACUUCAGCUUCGAUGAUGUCUUCUCCCGAUGCUGAUCAUAUUUCCUUCGAAGCUCUCUCCCGGCCGUCUCGACUGCUAGGGGAGCCAAGCCCUGACCUGAUUCUUCGCGCAUCCAACGACGAUCUUCCGUCACUAAGUGACAGCAUUUCUACCGGUGCCGUGCCGAGAUUCUCCAGUAGUGCAGGUACAAGAUCUUCUGUCGAGCAACGUUCGGCAUCCAUGAUCGACCCAUCUACUUCCAGAUCGAACAGUCAGCAGGCGUGGAAACGUUCGAGCUUGGCCAGUCUCAACCGGUUCAUUCCGGGAUCGUCUCACGGCAGCAAACUCAAGUUUGAAAGCAUUCCAGACAAUAACGCUGUGGACGACCAGAUCAGAAAGAAAUCGAACAGACUGAGCAAGCUCAUGCUUUUCUGGCGAUCGAAAGAGAAGGCAGAGAAAUGAUUGAACGUGGAAUCUAUCCAUUUAUGGCUUUAUGAACAGCGCCUAGGCGUUGGAAGCGCUGAUGAAUUAUGUGACUUGGCCUUGUUGGAACUACUCUUGCUGAUUGCGCAGCUUUACGAAAUUUCACGGAAGGAGGUCAAGCGACCGCCGUACCUUUUCUCACCUCAAGUCAAUCAUGAAAACACUCUUGUCACUCCACGCAAAACCAUAUGAAACCAGGCAUGUUGAGCCUCUCACUUUUCUUGCUAAACAUUGCGGAAGCUACGCAACGAUUUUUCAACAACAGGGCUGGCGUGCUGUCUGAUAAAGCUUUCUCUUUCUACAGUACUGAACAUGAAAAUUUGAUUAUGUUCAUAUGGAUGGGCAGAGAGAUGCGGAUAAGUUUGAUUAAGCUGGCAUUGAUGGAAUGAGCUUCGGAAGGGUGGGUGCCUCGUCUCGAAUGACAUGGAAGAGGCAAGAGUUCUCUUCGACGAAAUCCUGUGACAGACCCCGUCCUCUGUGUAGUUUGGGCGAAGUACAACCCGAUAGCACUUGUCCUCAAUCAAAGAGUAUUUUGAUUGAAUAUAGUGUUAUCGAGGAAAGCAAGAAAAGACCGUUGAAAUCCCCACUGCAAAAUACUUUCCUAAUCCUCUCUUACUCUGCUUGAUCCGUGGCUCUUCAGAUAUGCACAAUGUCCCGUUCCAGUUUUCCUCCUCUCUAUAGCUGCAAAACCCGAAGCCC